AUGCCCGGCCUCCAUGGGCACCAUCACCAUAGCAACCGCCCGGCCCCCCCAUCUCCCCACGUGGCCGGGGGCGGGGCUCCCGCAGUUCCCCGCGCCCGGGAAGCGGAAGUGGUCCGCGGGGGGGAAGAGGGGAAGGCUCCGACGGGGGGGCUGCGCCCUGCGCCGCUCUCCUGCGAGCUCGCCCGCUCGGCCGCCCCGACGGCUCCGCCGCGCCUUCUGACAGGAUCAGCAAGAGCUGUACGACAAGGCCACGUGGAAGUGCUGCUCAACCAAAGUGGGGCUCCCCCGGGUGUCUUUGAAAAGAACCGGGAGCAGCUGAUCAGGAAGACGUGUGAGGCGGUUAUCCUGGGCACCCUGCACCCCCGAACCUCCAUCUCCAUCGUCCUGCAGGUGAUCAGCGACGCGGGUGCCCUGCUGGCAUGCUGCCUGAACGCAGCCUGCAUGGGGCUGAUGGACGCUGGCCUGCCCAUGAAGUCACUCUUCUGUGGGGUGACCUGCGCCCUGGACUCCACCGGAGCCAUCACCCUCGACCCCACGGCCAAGCAGGAGAAGGAGGCUCGGGCCGUGCUGACCUUCGCUAUCAGCAGCAUGGAGCGGCAGGUGCUCAUGUGCACCAGCAAGGGGACCUGCUCGGUGGAGGAGCUGCAGCAGUGUAUUGCGGCCGCCCAGCGGGCCAGCGGCGCCAUCUUCCAGUUCUACCGGGACUCCGUCCGCAGGAAAUACUCCAAGACGUGAGGCUUGGCCGCCCGCGGCUCCGGGUCCCUGCCGAGCGGGGACCCCAGUCGGUGCCCUUCAAACUGCUCCCGGCUCCUGCCCGGCCCGCGCAGGCUGUGUCCGGAUCACCCCAAACCUGGCGUUCGCCGCGGUGAACUCUGUGCCUCGGUGCCCAUUAAAAAGGGGGCUUCCCCCUGUGUGUCCAGCCA